AGAGGAUCGAAGAAAGAGAUAUACCCAACGGCGAAGCUCAGAAGAUAGAAACCGCUUUUACCAUCAACACACAGAAAGUUAAGCAGAUGACUUUAAAGGUUUUUAAGUAAAUAUGUCGUAUUUCCGCGCUAUCAUACUCAUGGCGUCGCUAAAAGUAACGUUGACAACCGGCCUAUCUACCAAUAAAAUGCAAGGAAAAGUUCUCCGGAAUCACGUGAUCGAGACAGUCCACGGAACCUGGGGCACGUGUCUGACACGUUGCAGUCAACUGACGGAGUGUCGCAGCAUCAACUUCUACCGCCAUCACGACAAGUGUGUCAUGAGUAACGCAACGCACCUGUCACACCCGCGUGACAUGAAGAAAGUGCCGGAUGGAGAUUACCUACACUACUUUCUCCACCAACACAUGUGCGCCCAAGACAUAUGCUGCUCACCGCCAUGUGAUCAGCUCUGUCGCUUAUAUGAGCAUCAAGAUCGGAUCAAUACGCGAUGUAUACCUUGUAACGAUGAGCCAUUUGGAGUAGAGGACGGCAGAAUAGCCGACCACCAAAUGUCAGCUUCAUCUGAAUAUCAAGGUUCUGUUUUCAUGGAGGCACAUUUUGGUCGCCUUAACGCUGAAUACCCUUCCUGGGCGGCAAAACAUCUUGUCGAGGGGGAGUACCUACAGGUUGAUUUAGGCCGCGAUGCGCGGGUCGGUCAGGUUUCCACACAGGGUAGUCCUAAAUGGGAGUUGCAGCAAUGGGUGACGUCAUACCGGCUUGCUGCGAGUGAUGACGGGACUGUGUGGAUGGAUUACCAGAGAGAUGAAGGCCCUGUGGUGUUCCAGGCAAACCAAGACCCAAAUGGCAUAGUGACAAAUACGCUGAGACCCCGGAUGCAAGGUCGCUCAGUCAGGGUUGUCGUCCUCACUUACAACAUCUUUAUUUCUCUGAGGAUCGAGUUGUACGGCUGCUAUUUACACUAAGUGAUCGAUUAGUGACAGUAAAUCGAGUUGUAGGCUGUUAGUGACAGUAAAUCGAGUUGUACAUCUGCUAUAUACUAUUAAGUGUUCGAUUAGUGACAGCAAAUCGAGUUGUAUGCUGCUAUAUACACUAAGUGCUUGAUUCAAGGGCGUAGCCAGGGGGGUGGACUAGGGGGACGCCCCCCCCCUUUAAGCAGCCAAAAAUACAGUAAAUGUAUGAAACAUGAUCUAAAAUACAUGAAAAAUGCCUUGAAAGUCCCUUUUGGCCCCCCUCCUAUUAAAAAUCCUUGCUACGCCGCUGAGAUUAGUGACAGUGAAUCGAGUUGUACAGCUGCUAUAUACACUGUUGGAUAAGUGACAGUAAAUCUAGCAUUUACUACUGGCAUUUUGCAAAAUGUUAUACCGUAAAAAGGGGGUACCGGUUGCCUCCCCUCAUCAUGUUCACCUUUUUUUCUCAUUAAAGCUCUUCUUGGA